UAAUUUUAUAAGCCGUUUUCGGCGUUUUAUUUAUCCGUAAACGUGCUGCAAUGAACGUGCCGUUGCAACGUCGUGUCGAUAGUUUAUAGAUAGCCGCUAUCUCUGUAUAAACAACGCAAAACAAUAGCAAUCAGUUGUUGAAACGUAUCGUUAUGUGUCAGGCGUGUCGUGCUCAAUUAAACGUAAUGUGCGAUAUCUGGUAAUUAUCCAUGAGAGAAGUUAGCGCUGUUUUGUUGUCGGGAACGAGUUAAGCUGCGAAGAUGACCAGGUCGAGCUACAGACCGCUGGUGCCGCGCUCCUCCAACAACUCCCUAGAGAACCGGGAUAUGGGGACUACAUCGCCCCCUGGCGAGCCUCUAGUUCGAGCCCCUGUUGGAAAGCCCAGAUGUCCGCCUGCAAUAUCACGUCUUCGAGUAGAAAAAGUUGAAGGUGGCUUAGCAGUCGCCGGUGUCGUCGUGGCUGCCAACUGUCAAAUUGUUCUCCCAAUAUUUGGGUUCCUUUUUAUGCUUGUGGGAUGCGUUCUCACUGCGGCUUCGUAUCGCGGUUGCGGUGAAAAUGAGGAACCUGACCACUAUGCGGCGCGGAUCGCCUUCACGGGCAACUCGCGCGUACUGGGCCCCGUCUGCAUUGUUGCUGGCGCACUUAUGACGAUAGCUGGAAUAGUAUUGUGCAUAUUGAUGCGUGCAGCACAGAAAAGGCAACGGCGCCUAGCUUUCCACUGUCCCAUACAUGGGGACUUCUACCCACUGAGCCCACAAAAUAGUAGAAAAUACUCACGCAGCCCCACCGGUCUAUGGCGGUUCCUGCGCGGCUGGCUAGGCAUGGUGGAAGAGAGCGAGACACCACGCUGCCCACGUUCCGUGGAGCCCGCGUCGCCAGCGAGGGCGGACGCGCCGUGCCCGCCUCCAUUACCCUUCUUAGUUCCUAGUGAUUCUGUUGUAGGUAUGGCGUCUAUCCUCGGUGCGCCGCUUAGUCCUGAACAAACAUUUGGGUCAAUAAAGUCUUUGGCAAUAUCCAGAGAAGUCGCCAGUUUUCCCCUGUCACGGUCGCCAACACCUCCACCCUUAAGUUGUCCACCAUUCAAAGAGGAGUCGAAAAUAGGUGACAUCCCAAACGCAGUGCCAUCACACUUUGAUUGCGGGUCACCGACCUGUAACUACCGCGUCGUCGAAUGUAAACUUACGACGACUGACGAAAUAAAUCGGACCGGAGAGAAACAUGAAUCUACCCUCGCGAGUGUCCACCACACAGACAGAUUGAGACCCGCUACUGUUUGUAUCACAAUCCCAAAUGAGGGCAAAGGCUAAACCCGCCGCAACUAAUUUUAUUUUAGUGUCCACGGCGAUAAUGACUGUUUCGUUGUUAAAUUGUGUUAACAGUGAAUUUCGACUGACUAUGGCGACGAUAGCCAACGAGUGCAUUCCAACGUAUGACGCGGAAUUUUCGUGAUUGACUUUCAGUGUUCAUUUAACUUGGUCAUGUAUGAAGACGUUACUAUAUUAUGCUUGACAUCAACUGCUCAAACUAUCACAUCGGUCUUCCGCUAGCGCUCAUAUAACAUACUAUCUGUUUCUCAUUAUAACUAAUACAAUUCAAUCAUAACUUGAUUGUAAAUUGUUUUCGUGUUUGCAUUUACAUGUGAAUAUUUAUAUAAAGUAGGAAAAUUUUUCAAUACAAGAUGUGUAAAAAUUUAUGUUCCUAUUUAAUUUAAAUUAUCUACAUUUGUCUUACGUAGAUACACUCGUGAAUUAUAAUUCAUUAUCAUCAUAAGUUUCAUCAUGAAACUUAUACUACGUAAGACAGAAAUCGACCUAACAGAA